GUUCGCGUCAUGCCGAGCCUCCCGGCCCCGCCGGCCCCGCUGCUGCUUCUCGGGCUGCUGCUGCUCGGCUCCCGGCCGGCCUGCGGCGCCGGCCCUGAGCCCCCCGCGCUGCCCAUCCGUUCCGAAAAGGAGCCGCUGCCCGUUCGGGGAGCGGCAGGCUGCUCCUUCGGCGGGAAGGUCUAUGCCUUGGAGGAGACGUGGCACCCGGACCUGGGGGAGCCCUUCGGGGUGAUGCGCUGCGUGCUGUGCGCCUGCGAGGCGACAGGGACCUUGAGGCCCAGAGAGACGAAGUAGCUUGUCUAGGGUCACGCAGAUUCCUCAGUGGGGUCGCCGUACCAGGGGCCCUGGCAGGGUCAGCUGCAAGAACAUCAAACCAGAGUGUCCAACCUUGGCCUGUGGGCAGCCGCGCCAGCUGCCGGGACACUGCUGCCAGACCUGCCCCCAGGAGCGUAGCAGUUCGGAGCGGCAGCCUAGCGGCCUGUCCUUCGAGUAUCCGCGGGACCCGGAGCAUCGCAGUUAUAGCGACCGCGGGGAGCCAGGCGCUGAGGAGCGGGCCCGUGGUGACGGCCACACGGACUUCGUGGCGCUGCUGACAGGGCCGAGGUCGCAGGCGGUGGCACGAGCCCGAGUCUCGCUGCUGCGCUCUAGCCUCCGCUUCUCCAUCUCCUACAGGCGGCUGGACCGCCCUACCAGGGUCCGCUUCUCAGACUCCAAUGGCAGUGUCCUGUUUGAACACCCUGCAGCCCCCACCCAAGAUGGCCUGGUCUGUGGGGUGUGGCGAGCAGUGCCUCGGUUGUCUCUGCGGCUCCUUAGGGCAGAACAGCUGCAUGUGGCACUUGUGACACUCACUCACCCUUCAGGGGAGGUCUGGGGGCCUCUCAUCCGGCACCGGGCCCUGGCUGCAGAGACUUUCAGUGCCAUCCUGACUCUAGAAGGCUCCCCAGAGCAGGGCAUAGGGGGCAUCACCCUGCUCACUCUCAGUGAUACAGAGGACUCCUUGCAUUUUUUGCUGCUCUUCCGAGGGCUGCUGGAACCCAGGAGUGGGGAUUCUACACCAGGGGCAACUACUGCGAGAACUUCAGGCCAAUGUCUCAGCACAGGAACCAGGCUUUGCUGAGGUGCUGCCCAACCUGACAGUCCAGGAGAUGGACUGGCUGGUGCUGGGGGAGCUGCAGAUGGCCCUGGAGAGGGCAGGCAGGCCAGGGCUGCGCAUCAGUGGACACAUUGCUGCCAGGAAGAGCUGUGACGUCCUGCAAAGUGUCCUUUGUGGGGCUGAUGUCCUGAUCCCAGUCCAGACGGGUGCUGCCGGCUCGGCCAGCCUCACGCUGCUAGGAAAUGGCUCCCUGAUCUAUCAGGUGCAAGUGGUAGGGACAAGCAGUGAGGUGGUGGCCAUGACACUGGAGACCAAGCCUCAGCGGAGGGAUCAGCGCACUGUCCUGUGCCACAUGGCUGGACUCCAGCCCGGAGGACACAUGGCCGUGGGUAUCUGCCUUGGGCUGGGUGCCCGAGGGGCUCAUAUGCUGCUGCAGAACGAGCUCUUCUUGAACGUGGGCACCAAGGACUUCCCAGAUGGAGAGCUUCGGGGGCACGUGGCUGCCUUGCCCUACAGUGGGCAUAGCGCCCGCCAUGACAGGCUGCCCGUGCCCCUAGCAGGAGCCCUGGUGCUACCCCCUGUGAAGAGCCAGGCAGCAGGGCAUGCUUGGCUCUCCCUGGAUACCCACUGUCACCUGCACUAUGAAGUGCUGCUGGCUGGGCUUGGUGGCUCAGAACAAGGCACUGUCACUGCCCACCUUCUUGGGCCUCCUGGAAUGCCAGGGCCUCGGCGGCUGCUGAAGGGAUUCUAUGGCCCAGAGGCCCAGGGCGUGGUGAAGGACCUGGAGCCGGAGCUGCUGCGGCACCUGGCAAAAGGCGUGGCCUCCCUGCUGAUCGCCACCAAGGGUAGCCCCAGAGGGGAGCUCCGAGGGCAGGUGCACAUUGCCAACCAAUGUGAGGUGGGCGGACUGCGCCUGGGGGCCGCCGGAGUCGAGGGGGUGCGGGAGCCAGGGGCUCCGGAUACAGCCGCUGCUGCGCCACCUGUGGUGCCUGGUCCACCGGCCCUAGCGCCUGCCAAACCUGUUGGUCCUGGGCGGCCCCGAGACCCCAACACAUGCUUCUUCGAGGGGCAGCAGCGCCCCCACGGGGCUCGCUGGGCACCUAACUACGACCCGCUCUGCUCACUCUGCACCUGCCAGAGACGAACGGUGAUCUGUGACCCGGUGGUGUGCCCACCACCCAGCUGCCCACACCCGGUGCAGGCUCCCGAUCAGUGCUGCCCUGUUUGCCCUGAGAAACAAGAUGUCAGAGACCUGCCAGGGCUGCCGAGGAGCCGGGACCCAGGAGAGGGCUGCUAUUUUGAUGGUGACCGGAGCUGGCGGGCAGCGGGUACGCGGUGGCACCCCGUUGUGCCCCCCUUUGGCUUAAUUAAGUGUGCUGUCUGCACCUGCAAGGGGGGCACUGGAGAGGUGCACUGUGAGAAGGUGCAGUGUCCCCGGCUGGCCUGUGCCCAGCCUGUCCGUGUCAACCCCACCGACUGCUGCAAACAGUGUCCAGUGGAGUCGGGGGUCCACCCCCAGUUGGGGGACCCCAUGCAGGCUGAUGGGCCCCGGGGCUGCCGUUUUGCUGGGCAGUGGUUCCCAGAGAGUCAGAGCUGGCACCCAUCAGUGCCCCCUUUUGGAGAGAUGAGCUGUAUCACCUGCAGGUGUGGGGCAGGGGUGCCUCACUGUGAGCGGGAUGACUGUUCACUGCCACUGUCCUGCAGCUCGGGGAAGGAGAGUCGAUGCUGUUCCCGCUGCACAGCCCGCCGGCGGCCAGCCCCAGAGACCAGGAUUGAUCCAGAGCUGGAGAAAGAAGCCGAAGGCUCUUAGAGAACAGCCAGAGGGCCACAUGACCAAGAGGAUGGGGCCUGAGCUGGGGAAGGGGUGGCAUCGAGGACCUUCUUGCAUUCUCCUGUGGGAAGCCCAGUGCCUUUGUUCCUCUGUCCUGCCUCUACUCCCACCCCCGCUACCUCUGGGAACCACAGCUCCACAAGGGGGAGAGGCAGCUGGGCCAGACCGAGGUCACAGCCACUCCAAAUCCUGCCCUGCCACCCUCGGCCUCUGUCCUGGAAGCCCCACCCCUUUCCUUCUGUAUAUAAUGUCACUAGCUUGUUGGGAUUUUUAAUUUAUCCUCACUCAGCACCAAGGGCCCCGACACUCCACUCCUGCUGCCCCUGAGCUGAGCAGAGUCAUUAUUGGAGAGUUUUGUAUUUAUUAAAACAUUUCUUUUUCAGUCUUUGGGCAUGAGGUUGGCUCUCUGCGGCCAGGAACCUGAGUGGGGCCUGGUGGAGAAGGGGCAGACAGUAGGAGGUGAGAGAGAGGAGCUCUGACCCUUGGGGAGCAGAAAGAGACCCGGAGAGGCAGAGGAUAGUGUGGCAGUUGGCUGACACACCUGGGUUCCACAGAUGCUCCUUGAGAUGGUCUAGAGACUCAAGAAUUUAGGGAAGUAGAAGCAGGAUUUGACUCAAGUUUACUUUCCCACAUCGCUGGCAUGUUUGCUAACUUCAUGUUUGAAGUUGCUCCAGAGAGAAUCAAAAGUGUUACCAGCCUCUUUCUCUCUCCCUCCUUCCCUCCCUCCCUCCCUCCCUCCCUCCUUCCCUCCUUCCCUCCUUCCCUCCUUCCCUCCUUCCUUCCUUCCUUCCUCCCUCCCUCCCUCCCUCCUUCCCUUCCCUUCCCUUCCCUCACACCAGUGGGGUCUUGCUAUGUUGCCCAGGAUGAUCUUGAACUCCUAGCCUCAAGUGAUCCUCCUGUCUUGGUCUCCCAAAGUGUUGGGAUUACAGGCAUGGGUCACCACACCCAGCCCAGCCUCUACCUUCUUUGUCUAAAGUGAGGCAAACACUUUCCUGUUUUUUUCCUGGAAACUUGUGUUCUGGACCAGUUCUGGGGCAAACGGGGGUCAGAGUGGAUUGGAAUCAGCUCUGGUCCAGCUUUUGGUUGCGCUUACGUUGAGACCAAAGUAUGUGGAGAAUAAGACAAGACCCUCCUGCCCUGUUACCCUCUUCUCUCUCCCCUCCCUCAUUCCCCCAGGCAUUCUGACAAGCUCUAGGAAAUGAGGGUAUCAGAACAGAAAUCUAACAAUUGUAUGUAGCUGCAGAUCCAUCUUUCAUAUAAACAAUGUGGAGUCAAA